ACUAGCGGCGGCCUCCUCUGCUGUUACCUAAACUGGAAGGCAACGUGAGAGGAUCAUAGAGGGAUUGGAGCUAAGAGCUGUUUGGAGCGCAUGGACGUUGGGCAAGAGGGCUUUGCCCAGGAGAAGCCGCCGCCUUUGAUCCCUGAGCAUCAAGCCAGCUUUUUAUUAUAUUUCCCUCUCCUUUCUCUUUUUAAAAAUCCAUCCUCCCAAACAAAGGAAACAGAAGGAAUUUGUGUGUGUGUAUAGAUAUAUAUAUAUAUUUGCAGGAGGGAAGAAGACAUGCGUUCGAUUAGGAAGAGGUGGACUAUCUGCACGAUAAGUAUCCUCCUGAUUUUUUACAAGACAAAAGAGAUUGCAAGAACUGAGGAGCACCAGGAGACACAACCCACCGGAGAUGGUGAUCUAAGUUUAAGUAGAUCAAUGGUCAAUAGCUCUGAUAAAAUAAACCAAAAGAGUGGCUCUUCACUGUUCCAGCAUUCGGUAGAAAGAUGGAAAAUCAAUUCUUCCUUGGUACUGGAAAUAAGGAAGAACAUUCUUCGAUUCUUGGAUGCAGAAAGAGAUGUCUCGGUAGUCAAAAGCAGUUUCAAACCAGGAGAUGUAAUCCAUUAUGUGCUAGACAGACGCCGUACACUCAACAUUUCUCAGGAUUUACACAGUCUUCUUCCUGAGGUUUCGCCGAUGAAGAACCGCCGAUUUAAGUCAUGUGCAGUUGUAGGAAAUUCAGGUAUCCUCCUUGAUAGCGGCUGUGGAAAAGAGAUUGACAACCAUGAGUUUGUUAUAAGGUGCAAUCUAGCUCCCGUGGUGGAGUUUGCUGCAGAUGUGGGAACUAAAUCAGAUUUUAUUACCAUGAACCCAUCAGUUGUACAAAGAGCAUUUGGAGGCUUUCGGAAUGAGAGUGACAGAGAAAAAUUUGUGCAUAGACUAUCCAUGCUGAAUGACAGUGUCCUUUGGAUCCCUGCUUUCAUGGUCAAAGGCGGAGAGAAGCAUGUGGAGUGGGUUAAUGCAUUAAUCCUUAAGAAUAAAUUGAAAGUGCGAACUGCCUAUCCAUCACUGAGACUUAUUCAUGCUGUCAGAGGUUAUUGGUUGACCAACAAGGUUUUCAUCAAGCGACCCAGCACAGGACUCCUCAUGUACACUCUUGCUACAAGGUUCUGCGAUGAAAUUCAUCUCUAUGGAUUUUGGCCCUUCCCGAAGGAUAUAAAUGGAAAACCAGUUAAAUAUCAUUAUUAUGAUGACCUAAAGUAUCGAUUUUUUUCUAAUGCCAGCCCGCAUAGGAUGCCAUUAGAAUUUAAAACUUUAAGUGUGUUGCAUAACAGAGGAGCACUUAAAUUGACAACGGGGAGAUGUGUACAGCAAUAAAGCACAAGUCAAGGACUACAAGAGUGGUGCAGAAUAUGGGCGUUAUCAUUCAGAUUUUAUGGAACAGCAAUGGGAUCAGAACAGUGGAUAUAUCUCAGUGCACUGUAGCAAUCCAUUGGAGAACAAAGAGGUGCAUCAGAACUCCACUACCAGCUAACAUUUUUACCUGUUGAAGUGCUAAAUCUUGAGUGCAAUGGUUCGAGUAAGUGCCACUUUCACUAAGAACAAAACUUGAAUGUAUAAAAUCAGUUGUGUUUACAAGAUCCAAUGAUGCUUUCAUCACCUGUUAAAGAAGCAAGUAUUUUAUUUACUGCUCAUUUGCCACCACAGAGUCUGGCAACAUGUAAAGAAAUACCCAGGAGGUAGAAUCUGCCCUUAAGGAAAUACAAACAUCUGGCAGCAAAAAUCAAGGUGGAAUUGGCAGAGCUGUGGAUAACAUCACAAACAUCAAGCAAAGUACCUUCAGUCAGGGGAAUGCCUGACUUUGUAUUAUAACCUUUCUCUUUUUCCUUCCUGUUUUUAAAAUUAUCAUUCAUUUUCUAUGGUGUCUGGGUAUUGGAGCCCCUUAAGGGAUUUUGACAAGAUAAUAAUAAGAACAUUUUAAGUAAUCUUCAAGAAGUGGUCUUAGAAGAUCUUAUUUUUUAAAAAAAUCUUCAUUGCAUCUUGUUCUUCAGCUUAUGCUUAGUAUAUGCAUUACAGCUGAAACUGCCUCCAUGUGAUGACUUGCUGCUGCUGUACCAUAUACAGUCAGUCAUCAGGUUUUGCUCCCAUAGUCCCUGGAGAUACUCAUACCAGCAUUAGCUGCUAGCAGAAACGUGGUGUUGGCAAAGGUUAUGCAGGAAUAUUCAUUCUGCACAUUCAAAGGGAGGAAAUAAUCUCACAGAGGCUGUUUUGGGUGGUAUAAUUUGUAGAGAAGAGCUUAGCAUCUCUCAAUUGCUUUAGUUGCUUCUGUUAAGGUGAAAUACAUGUUAUGAUAAACACACACACAAGAGUGUGCUCAAACUUUUAUUUUUGGGGGAGAGCACAGCUGCAGGGCUCCAAAUGACUGAGAACACAUUCCAGAUUGGAGGUCAUAGUCAACUAAUUCCAACUCAGAGUAGACAUAUUGAAAUUAAUGAAUUUAACUUGGUCAUGUCUGUUAAUUUCAGUGGGUCUACUCUGAAUAGGGCUAGCACUGAACACCAACCUGGAGCUCCCCAUCAAAUAGCUAUUGACUCCCAAAAUUUAUUAUUUAACUUUUGGAAUCAAAUAGCAGCCAGGACAAGGAAUUUCCCACAAGAUGCUGGUGUGAUCUAGAUGUUCCAGAUGCCAAAGGUGCUUUUUGCUUCAAAGCAAAAAGUAGUCAGCUUAAACAUAGUUUUUAAGGUGUGUGUUUAUUGUAAUGUGCAGUUUGGCCUAAAGUACAAACUUCAUGGAAGCUAAAUGUGUAGUUGGACUGUAAGUCACAAAUUAACAUUUUUUAAAAGAUCUGAUGUUUCAAGAUGUUUUUAAAAGCAAGAUUCUUGCUCUCAUCGCAAAUGAACAUACCGUUAACAAGCAGGUGCCCUUACAUUUGGUACCAAAGAUUAUGCUGAUUUUGUAAUUAACGUAGCUUUAUUUUUCUUUGAAUGAUGAAAAUGUAAAUUUAGUACCGUGUGUCUGUGCUGCUUUAGAAACUGUUUUCAGUCAUUUUUUGUUUACUGUUAACUUAGUGUCUAGAUUUUGUAUGAAAGACACAUUCCUUAACUUGACUUUGUUCUUUUUGUGUAUACUUUGAAUAUCUGAAAUAGCAAAACAGAUGGUUUCCCUUUUAUUUAUUGGAAUGCGACCAUAAUCUUUAAACAAAAUAAGAUAAUUAAUCAGAAUUAAUGUAAAUAAUAAAUAGCAUUGAAACUUCACAGAUUAUAUAGUUGUCAUACCAGAUUUUUCUUUCUAAUUUACAAAACUCCUUUUAAGACACAAAUUCUUCAUAGUGCUGGACAAUAUGCCCAUUUUUUUCAUGGUCUAUAUGAAAAGCAGUAAAUGAAAACGCUCCUGUUGAGUUCCCUUGCUUUUUCUGUUCUUCCAAGCUCCACUUUCUUUUAUUAUUUGGGACAAAUUCUAUUGCUAUGCUUUUGUUCUGAGACAGUAGACAAUGAGAAUCAUUAAUGGUGACAGUAUGAGCAAGGAAGCUUGUAAACAGAAUGGCUGCAAAUCUGAAACUAUCUAGAGAGUUUCAAAGCACAACCAAUGGAGUGAUUUCAAAAACGCAAGGUGGGAGAGGAAUUAGAGUGGUUUCUCAUUUAUCUACCGAUUUCUGCCAUCUAAGAGUAGAAGGAUAAAUUAUCAAAAGCAAAAACAAUAGAUUUUCUUUGUGGUCCCAAGCACAUGCAGAAGGUUGAGGGUGGAGUGCAAGAAGACUUGGGUGGGAGAAAUCAUGGCCACAACACGUUUCUUAUAAGCAGACUAAGAUGGUUAGGCUUGGCAUAGGGCAAGGAUCUAAUCACAGAACCCGUGUGCUGUGAGAUGCACAAGCCCCUGCCACCCAUCCUGUGUGCUGAGGAACACUGCAAGAAGUUGGGUGAGGCCUCCUUGGUAUGGAUCAAUUUUGGAUGGUCCUUGGACCUGCUGUUCUGCUCCCCCUCACAUGCUGGAAUGGCUGAGCAGCCCAAAUCUGCACCAUGGUGCUGCCACACAAUAUGGCAUGUUCCUCUCACCUUUGCCCUCCUCCUUCCCACCAGGCCACAAAAUGGGCCCCUGGUAAAUCUGGAGCCUCAGCUUUUUAGCCCUUUUCAGGUGUUCAGCACCCUUUUCACACCCAUCAUCCCCCAAUCCUUCACAUAUUUAGUAUGCUUAGCUGAACACAGUUAGUAGUCCUCUGCAGGCCUUAGUGCACAAUGGUCUUAGAGGAAUCCACUUGCUCUCUCCUAUUCACUUUUAACCCUUGUGUGUUCAAGAGGCUUUUGAUAUAAUAGAAUGGUGUGUAUAAGGAAGGGUGGGCUGAUUGUGUCAUUCCUUCACAUGUGGAAUAAUCUUGCUCAUUCAGGAAACUAUCAGGCCAACAGUUUAAUCCAGCAUCCUUUUUUCCACAGUAGCAAAUCAUAUUCCUCUGGAAAGUCCACAAGCAGGCCAUGGAGACAAAAACCUUGUCCUAUUUUUCCUUCCCUAGAUCUCAUUUUCAGUGGCAUUCUGCCUCUUUUUUACUCUAAAUAAGUGUGACUCAUCAGGGGCUUCAUACACUGGAUGAAUAUGAUAAACCCCAUAUUAAAAAAGCCGAUUGUGAGGUCUCUUGCCAUCAUUAUCAUUUGUUUCUCUCCUUCUUUUCCCUACAAAAGGAAGCCCAAACUGGAGAGAGAAAAGUCUGGGAGGAAAGUGUAGUCCCCAGUCCUAAGGACUUGGCUUGUAAGCUCCAAAAAUUUCACUGGAAAAUUUGUGCUUAGAGUGUCUUUUUUUUUCAGACCAUAAGAAAAAUUCCAUAGGCUAUUUGAUAACUACAAUAAUGCAGACUUUUGUUUUGAAGCUUAGUAAUUUUAGAGCAGUCUAAUCAGAAUGAUUGUCCAUAAAAGAUAUCAGCUGACAUGCAGUCAUCAUAAAGAAGCUGAGAUUAGUGCCUUUUUCAUCAUCAAUAAAGUUAUUACUGAUAUUUCUUUAAUGUUUUUAAAGAUGAUUUGUUUUAAUAUACUGUUUUUAAGAUAUUUAAGAUAUUUUAGAAUGUUUUUAGUGGGGUUUUUUUGGCACCCUGGGCUCCUUCUGGGAGGAAGGGUGGGAUAUUGUUAUUAUUAACAACAACAACAAAACAAUAAUAAUAAUAAUUUUCUGUCAGUUUUUUCCCUUAUUCAGGCUAUUUCCAAAUGUCAAUAAUCAAGAAAGGGCUAAAAAACUAGUUAACAAAGCCGUUUUUAUGUUUUCCAUCUCAGGGAAAGUUCCAUUUCCCAGUAUAAACACAACAGGAAAAAACACCGUUCAAAAUAGAUGACAUCCUAUCAAUUUACAUAAAAAAGAAGCAGUAUUGUUCUAUAACAGAAUAAGGCUGCAAUCCUAUAUACAUGUACUUGACAGCAAGUCUCAUUUAAUUGAAGGGGACUUACUUCUGAGGUGACAUGUAUAGGCUUGCUCUGUAAACAUGCAUAGGCUUGGACUAUAAAAGAAACAAUUACAUGAAGCACAAGGACAACUAAAUCAGAUUUAAAUGAUGCUGGGAAAGAUUUAAAUGAUUGGGAUGGUCUGUUAAAAAUACAAUGUUGCAGUGGUUCGCUGAGCAUCUCAUUUAGGUCUUGUAUCUAGUUCACUGAAAAUCUAAAAUGAUGGGGUUUUAUAUCUUUUUUCCUGGGUACUGCUGUUUUGGGGUUUUCUCUCUUCAUUUUGUGCAUGUUAAGCAGAGCCCAAGAUAACAACACCUGUGCUUUCUCCUCUUUGUCAGAAUCCUGUUGCUCUUAUAGAUUUUUCUGUUACAUGAGCACAGAUUCUGGAAUUUUCCCUGCAUGUCACCAACAGGGCUUUUCUCAUAUCCUCUCCUAUGUCUUUGUCUUGAGUUGUUAGUAUAUUUCCUUUCCCUGUGUGCAGUGAAAACAGGCACCAUUUGAAAUCUGCAUUCUUUGUGGAGAUCAGGCUCUUGGAGCAGCCUAACCCACAUCUGAUGCCCUCCAGAUGUUUUGAACUACAACUACCAUCAGCCCCAGCCAGCAUGGCCAUGUUUCCUUGGGCUGAUGGGAGUUAUAGUCCAAAACAUUUGGAGGGCACUAGGGUUGGAAAGACUGUCCUAGAGCUUCAAGAGUAGUAAAGGUAGCCUACAGAAACUGCAGUAAGGUUACAGUCAGUGGGACUGACUUAUACUCAUCAUAUGGUAUUAAGUUACAAGUGUUCAGAUGCAAGUAAAGAAUAAAUUAUUUUUUCUGUUUUCAUACCUUUCCAUAGCAUAGGUUUGUUGCCUGGUUCCUACCAUGAAUAGCUACUGCGAUAGAAAAUCAUUAUUGCCCAGCACUAUCUCCAGCAUCUACCCAGUGGGCAAAAUCUGAUCCCUUAAUGUAAAACUAUUCCUAUAGUCUCUUUAGAAAUGCAAAGUAAGAAAAGGAAUUUGUUUUCAUUCAGAUAAUUUUUCUUGUGAAUACUUGUAAUUCAUAAACUGGUGUUUUAUAAUUCAUGUUUUUCUUUU